CAUGGAUCUGGCCGCCGCGUGAGCCGGGGACGGAGGGACGGAGGCGCAGCCGCCCCGCGCCAUGGCUUCCAAGGAGCGCCUCUACGAGCUCUGGAUGCUCUAUUUCGCCAAGAAGGACUUGGCGUACCUGCAGCAGUGGUUGGAAGCGUUCGUCGCAAAUUUUGAGAAGAUCAUCACGGUGCAUUCGAUGGAACCGAGGAGGCCGGAGGACUCUGUCUCCGAGAUCCCGCUGCUCCCCUGCGAUGUCCUUCAGACGCUGACCCAGCAGCUGACGUCUUGUGUGAACCAGAUCUCCCGCCAAGAGGUGGCUGAGGCAGGCCUCAACCAGGCUCUCUUGCUCAUCAAGUUCUUCAUCAUCAUUUGCAGGAAUCUAGAAAACGUCCAAACGGACCGGCCCCCGGUGUUUGUUCACGAGGUGACCAGUUUGCUGUCUGCUUAUUCAAACAAGCUCAAGAACACCCAGGGACGGAAUUUGCGCUGCCAGAGUCAGCUGGAGAACGUAACUCUCUACGUGUUGCACCUCUAUGAAUGCCUCUUUGAUCCCUACCAGACGUGGAGGAGGCAGCUGAGCGGGGAGAUCGUCAGCAUGAAAGAGAAGAGCAAAUACAAGUUUGCGCCAGCUGUGUUGCCUCAGGAGUUCAGCUCGUUUUUCCAAGAGUGCUUCCAAGAGGGCGAGCAGCUUCCCGAGGUCCUUCAGGUCCGGCUGAUCCAUCUCUUCGGAGCCAUCAUCUCCGGAGCCAAGCAAAACGCUCUCCUGGUGGUCACCCCGUCCUCGGUCGAGGUCCUCAUGCUGGUGCUCCGGAGGUGGUGCUCCCCAGUCAGCGGCCCCCCCAGAGACUCCAAGCUGCUGCAGCUGACCCUGAAGGGCUUGGUCGGCAUGGUCCACGUUCUCCACGCCAGCAGCCCCAACCAGCGCCAAGUCGAGAUCCGAGCCAUCCUAGACAGCUACUUCAAGGUCUUGAACUCGGAUCAGCCCAUGGCGUCGCUGGAAGGCUCUCCCGGCCCUCACUGGGAGGAGAGGCUCAUCGCGCUCAGGGUGAACAUGUUGGAUGCCAUUCCGGAAAUGUUAAACUGUGAUGACCGUCCCGUCCUGCAGGCCAUCUUCCUGAGCAACAACUGCUUUGAGCACAUCAUACGCCUGAUCCAGAACAGUAAGGUUUUCGAUAACUCCUCUGACGCCAUUCCCAUCCACGCUAUCGGAGUGCUCACGUCUAUCAUGAGCAACUCUCCUUCGGCCAAGGAGGUGUUCAAAGAAAGGAUUGGCUAUUCCCACUUAUAUGAAGUUCUGAAGAGCCAGAGCCAGCCGACCAAGAAGCUGCUGCAGGAGCUCCUCAACAUGGCCGUCGAAGGCGACCACAGCUCUUGCCCCGCACGCCUGAUCCGCAACGAGCAGCCCCUUUUGAUCCUGAUCAUGUGGAUCCCGGAACUGAAGUCCCGGGAGCUCCAGGUCUUCCUCUCCGAGUGGCUCAAGAAGAUCUGCGACGCCUCCCUGCAGAGCCGCACCACCUGCGUGAAGGCAGGGAUGGUGAGCUGCCUGCUGGAUGCCCUGUGUGCCACGGGGCAGGAGCUGGAUCCCAAAUGCUCCGAGAACCUCCUCUACCUGCUGCAGGUCUUGGGCGGCCUCUCCAUCCGGCCGGGGGAACUGAGGCAGCUCCUGAAGCUCCUCCGGACCGAGCAGGGCAAGGGGCCGCAUCCGUACACCGUCCAAGUCAUCCGGGCCCUUUCGGGGAUGGCCAGGAAAGAGAGCGCUGACCGGGCGCUGCAGUAUUUUGACCUCACCCCCAGCAUGGCAGGGAUCAUGGUGCCUUCCAUCCAAAAGUGGCCCGGGAGCGGGUUCGCCUUCCACGCCUGGGUGUGCCUCGUCGAAGAGGCCAAGGACUUUCCGGAGGAAGCAGCCAGGCUGAAGCGGAAACAGCUGUACAGCUUCUUCACCACCAAUGGGACGGGCUUUGAGGCCUUCUUCACAGCCGACGGGAUGCUGGUGGUGGCUGUCUGCACCAAAAAGGAGUACAUGACGGUGGCCCUGCAAGAGUUUCCGUUCAACGACGCAGCCUGGCACUGUGUCGAUGUCGUCCACAUCACAGGCCGACGUCCCUUCGGCCAGAACCUCGUGAACAUCUAUGUGGACGGGGAACUCCGGAAGACGGCUCAACUGCGGUUCCCCUCCCUUGGCGAGUCCUUCACCUCCUGCUGCAUCGGCUCAGCCGGCCACCGGACCACCACCACCUCCGCCGUCCACCCCUCCCCGUCUCACUCGCCGGACCUGGGCUUCCCAUCCCACCCCUCGCUGAACCGCUCCCAAUCGUUCCCGGCCUCCCUGGCCCCCCACGCCUGGACGCCCAUCCCCCCGCAGCCGCCCCGGGAAGGCGUGGUUUCGGUCACAGUGGCAGGCAGCCAGGACACAGAGUGGGGGGUGCCCACCUCCCUGGAGGGCCACCUGGGCUCUGUCUCCAUCUUCUACGAAGUCCUCCAGCCAGCUCAAGUGAAGGCGCUCUACUCCUCGGGACCAAAUGUUACGUCUCCCUUUAAGCUGGAAGGGGAUUUCCUGGAGCUCAGCAGCAAAUUGCUGCUGUAUUACACGCCACAGGCCUGCAAGAACAACAUCUGCCUCGACCUUUCCCCGAACCACUUUUUUGACGGGAGGCUGACUGGGCACAAAGUGGUGAACUGGGAUGUCAAGGACGUGGUGAAUUGUGUCGGUGGAAUGGGGGUGCUGCUUCCCCUCCUGGACCAGGUGGCAUCUCAGAGGAAAGAGUCAGAAGACCACCAGGAAACCCACGACUUGGUGGGCCCGGAGCUGACCUCUUCCCGCAAUGCCCAGGGCAUGGUCAUCCCGCUGGGGAAAUCCUCUGGCUAUCGAGAAGGUAGACUGGAAAGGAACGGGGUAGCUGCCUUCCUGCUGCUGAUUAAGAACUUCAUCCAUUGUCACCCAGUCAACCAGGAGAGCCUGGUCCAAUGCCAGGGGCCAGCCAUCAUCGGAGCGCUUCUGCAGAAGGUCUCCAGCCAGACGAUGGACAUGAAUGUUCUGAUGGCUUCUCAAAUCCUCAUGGAGCAGGUGGCCACAGAAGGACACAACUUUCUUCUGCACCUCCUGUACCAGUUCCUGCUCUUUGACUUCCGGAUCUGGAGCAACAGUGACUUUGCUGUCCGAUUGGGUCACAUCCAGUACCUGUCGAAUGUAAUCAAGGACCACAAGCAGAGAAUCCGUCGGAAAUACGGCGUGCAGUACAUCCUAGACUCCAUCAGGACGUAUUACGGGACUUACAAGGAGAAGCCCGUCGCAACUGAUGACAUCAAGACGGUGCAGACAUCCCUCUUCAGCCUGAUCAAGGAGUUCUUCUGCAGGAACUUCUCCACCGAAGAGAUGCAGAGCACCUUGAACUACCUUGCUGCUGUGAAUGAUGAGCACCAGGUCUGCGGAGUGCUGGAGGUGAUCCACAGCCUUCUGAAAAGCUCCCCAUCCCAGGAGCAGAUUUACACGUUCCUCUUUGAGCCGGGCAACGUGGAGAUCUUCUUCUCGCUGCUCGUCCAGCGGAAGUUCUCGGACGAAGUGCGUGAGAGGAUCUUCAAGAUCCUGUACAAAAUGCUGAAGUACGAGAAGAUGAACGAACGGAGCAAGCAGCGUUUGAAGCUGAAGGACGUCGGCUUCCUGGGCUUCAUCUCGUACCUGAACGACAUCCCGGUGUCCAUGCUGAUCCGGUACCUUUGGGAGCAAGUGAUUGGGCCAGACACCCCGAACUACAAGGAUUUGCUGGCCGUGAUCUACCUCUCGCACCGGGCAGAGCUGACCGUCAGGCUGGACAUCUGCAGAGAGCUCUUCCGCCUGAUCUACAAGCCGCAAGACCCCGCCAAGCAGACGGUCCGGCAGCUGGCCAGACUGGCCGGCUGGCAGGACACCCUCACCAAGCUCUACGUCAAGGAGUCCUACGAGUCGCGCCAGCACAGCCUGUCGGGCUCCGCCAACGGCGGAGGCAGCCUGGACCUCCCGAAGGCCUCGGACCAGCCCGGCGCAGAGGCCGGGAAGGAGCCCGCCGGCUCCGCGCCCCCUUCGGCCUCCGACCUCCAGGAUCUGGACGUCUUCCUCCCGCUGGGCUACGAGGCCUCGGACCCGGAGUUGUCGGAAGGCUUCUCGGAUCACUCGGUCUCGCCCACCAGCAGCCAAAGGGGAAAGGCCUUCACGCCGUACGGCUUCAAGUCGUUUGACUCCUCCGACCUAGCCAGCCGCUCCUCCUCUUCCAACACCAUCGAUGCUCCCGGGGCCGCGGAGGCCCCCCAAGCGGGGGACGCGCUCCAGGCCGACAGGGUCUACCACCCGCUGUCUCCUUUCUCCAUGUCUCCCUUUGACCUCGGCCUGGACAUGGGCAGCAUGAGCUCGGCCGCCACAGCCGAGAGCGGAGACCAGACGCCCGUGAGCCUGCCGGGGACCCCGUCGCCACUGGAGAACUUCAAGCCCUUCCCGGGGACGCGGGUAAGGAAGAGCUCCAGCCUCUCUAACGUGCUGGACGACACCAGCUACCAGGAGACCUUGCCCAGUGACAGCAUCUCCAACACCAGCAACCCUCAGCAGACACCUGAGGAAGAGCUGUGCAAUUUGCUCACCAACAUCGUCUUCUCGGUCACCUGGCGAGGGGUGGAGGGCUGGGACGACGCGGCCUGGAAAGAGCGCGGGCAGGUCUUCUCCGUCCUCACCAAGCUGGGCUCGGCCUGCGAGUUGGUGCGCCAGCCGGACGAGAUCAAGCGCAGCCUCCUGGAGAUGAUGAUGGAGUCGGCGCUGACGGACAUUAAAGAGGCCACCCCCGCCAUGCUUCCCAGCCUCACACAGAACGCUCUCAAGCUGCUGCGCCUCCUCCAGGAUUUCCUGUUCUCCGAGGGCCACAACAACCAGGCCUUGUGGAGCGAGAAGGUUUAUGAGGGGAUCAACAGCCUGCUGGACAAGCUGGGGGUCUGGCACCACUUGGCCAACGGCACCUCCGACUUGAAGGAGAUGGCCCAGAUCGGCCUGCGGGUGCUCAUCGGAUAUAUCUCACUGGAGGACUUACAAUUGCAAUCGAUGGCCUACGUGAAACUCCACAGCCUCCUCCAAACGGCCUGUGCCCCCAAGAAGGAGGAGGCCUGCUACGUACUGGGCAAGCUGGAGACCCCCCUGCGCCACUCGCUGCACACCAAGUCGGAGACCUUCUCUUGGCUGGUGCCCAUCAUCCGCACUUUGAUGGACAAGUGCUACGGCACCUUGCAGCUUCAGCACUUCCUCCCCUCCCUGCCCCCCACCAACGGCAGCCCCACCUUCUACGAGGACUUCCAGGAGUUUUGCACCACCCCGGAGUGGAUCGCCUUCAUUGAGAAGCACGUGCAGCCCACCAUGGCCCAGUUUGAAGUGGACACGUUCGCCAAGAGUCACGACCACAUGUCGAACUUCUGGAACUCCUGCUACGAUGCCUUGAUGAGCAGCUCCCAGACGAGGGAGAAGGAGAAAGCAGAGAGCAGGAGGAGGUUCCAGGAGUUGAUCUUGGAGCCGGUGAUGAAGAAGGCCAAGCACGAGAACAUCCGCCACACCAAUAUGCUGAAGCAGCUCAACAACCACCAGAACACCGUCCUGAAGCAAUGGAAAGCCUUGAGGAGACUGCUCACCUCCCAGCGCUCUGCCUGGGCAGAUCGAAAUCCUCCCGAGAUCCACUGGAAGUUGUCGUGUGCCGAGACCUACUCUCGAAUGAGGCUUAAGCUGGUACCCAACUACAACUUUGACCGGCACACGGAGGCCAGCGCUCUGCGUGACAAUCAGGGGGCCGAUUAUUUGCACAACCCGGCAGAGCCGAUCCCCUUAGCCGUCGCCAAGGAGGCAAAGGUCAGUGAAAUGCAGGAUGACCAGCUGGCGGAAGAAGACCUCUCCUUCCUGGAUAACCAGGUGGAGCCCAAAGAGCAAAGCCAGAGAGAGAAGCUGGUGAUCUCUGAGGACUGCGAGCUGAUCACCAUCGUGGCCGUGAUCCCUGGGCGGCUCGAAGUCACCACUCAGCACAUCUACUUUUACGACAGCAGCAGCGAGAAGGAUGAGACCGAGGAAGGAAUCGGCUACGACUUCAAGCGCCCCCUGUCUCAACUCCGGGAACUGCACCUCCGACGCUACAACCUCCGCAGGUCGGCCCUGGAGUUCUUCUUCAUCGACCAGGCAAACUACUUCCUCAACUUCAAGAAAAAGGUCAGGAACAAGGUUUAUUCUUCCAUCCUGGGCCUCCGGCCACCGAAUCAGAUCUAUUUUGCCAGCCGCUCGCCGCAGGAUUUGCUGAAAGCCUCGGGCUUGACUCAGAAAUGGGUUAACAGGGACAUCUCCAACUUUGAAUACCUCAUGCAGCUCAACACCAUCGCAGGCCGCACCUACAACGACCUCUCCCAGUAUCCCGUGUUCCCGUGGAUCCUGCAGGAUUACGUCUCGGAGACUCUGGAUCUCAGCAACCCUGCUGUGUUCCGGGAUCUCUCCAAGCCCAUCGGGGUCGCCAACGAGAGGCACGCCAAGGACGUCAAGGAGAAGUACGAGAGCUUUGAGGAUCCCACGGGCAUGAUUGACAAGUUCCACUACGGCACCCACUACUCCAAUGCCGCCGGCGUCAUGCACUACCUGAUCCGCACGGAGCCUUUCACUACUCUGCAUAUCCAGCUGCAGAGCGGGAGGUUUGACUGCUCCGACCGGCAGUUUCACUCGGUCCCCGCCGCCUGGCAAGCCCGCAUGGAAAACCCCGUGGACGUGAAGGAGCUGAUCCCGGAAUUCUUCUACUUUACGGACUUCCUGGAGAACCAAAACAGCUUUGAUCUAGGCUCUCUGCAGAUGUCGAAUGAGAAAGUGGGAGACGUCGUCCUUCCCAGAUGGGCCAAAUCCCCAGAAGAUUUCAUCCACAAGCACCGCAAAGCCCUGGAGUCGGAUUACGUGUCUGCCCACCUCCACGAGUGGAUUGACUUGAUCUUUGGGUACAAACAGCGGGGCCCUGCAGCUGUGGAAGCGCUGAAUGUCUUCUAUUACUGCACGUAUGAAGGGGCAGUUGACCUGGAUGCCAUCGCCGACGAGACCCAAAGGAAGGCUCUGGAGGGCAUCAUCAGUAACUUUGGGCAGACCCCCUGCCAGCUGCUGAAGGAGCCCCAUCCAGCCCGGCUCUCUGCCGAAAACGCAGCCUCCAAGAGACUCUCUCGCCUGGACACCAUCCCCCCCAACGUCUUUGAGAACCUCGGCGAGCUCAAGUCCUUCUUUGCUGAAAGCAUCAGCGAUGGGAUCCCACUGGUACAGGCCGUGGUCCCCAAAAACCAAGCCCACACCUUCAUGACUCAGGGAUAUCCUGAUAUGCUGGUCACUGUAAGUGCCAACGGGCUGCUGGGCACGCACGGCUGGCUGCCCUACGACAAGAACAUCUCCAACUAUUUCAGCUUCACCAAAGACCCCACCGUCUCCAAUGCAAAGACCCAGCGCUUCCUGUAUGGACCCGUCGCUCCAGGAGUAGAGGUGUCCUCCAAGACGCUGACGGUCUCUCACGAUGGGAAGCUCCUCUUCAGCGGAGGCCACUGGGACAACAGCUUGCGGGUGACGUCCCUCAGCAGAGGGAAGAUUGUGGGACACAUUAAGAGGCACAUAGACGUCGUCACUUGCCUGGCCUUAGAUCUGUGCGGAAUCUACCUCAUUUCCGGGUCACGGGAUACCACCUGCAUGGUUUGGCAGGUCCUGCAGCAGGGUGGCUUCUCCUGUGGCCUGGCACCCAAGCCCGUCCAGGUCCUCUACGGGCACGACGACGAAGUCACGUGCGUCGCCAUCAGCACCGAGUUGGACAUGGCCGUCUCGGGGUCAAAGGACGGCACUGUCAUUGUGCACACCAUCCGCCGAGGCCAGUUCAUGCAGUCGCUCCGGCCGCCCUGCGAGAGCUCCCUGCCGGUGACCGUCUCCAACCUCACCAUGGGGCACGAGGGGCAGGUCGUGGUGCAGACGACCGUGGAAGGGAGAGCCUCUCUGAAGGACAAGUUUGCCCUGCACCUGUACUCCGUCAACGGCAAGCAUCUCGUCUCCAUCCCUCUGGACGAGCAGGUGGCCGCCAUGUGCGUCACAGAGGAGUUUGUCGUGCUGGGGACCAUUCAGUGCUCCUUGCAGAUCAGGGACCUUCAGAGCCUCCAAGCUGCCGUCGCCCCCUUGGCAAUGAAGGUCCCCAUCCACAGCGUCUCGGUGACGAAGGAGAAGAGCCACAUCCUCGUGGGCUUGGAGGAUGGGAAGCUGAUUGUGGUCGGAGCAGGGCAGCCUCUGGAGGUGAAGUCGGGGCAGUUCCACCGGCGGCUGUGGCGUUCGACGCGGCGCAUCUCGCAGGUGUCGUCCGGAGAGACAGAAUACAACCCCGCCGAGUCCAAGUAAGGAGUUCAGGUUGGCUUUAACCUGUAGCCUCGCAGCCACGGCGGGACACGGGAUCUGCCUGGCCUGGCCCGCUUUGGGACGUCUUCCGCUGCCCGGAGGCCUCUUUGCCUUGUCCCCGGAGCGUUGCGUUCUGCAGAGUUCCCCUGCGUGGAAAAAGAAGGAGGAAAACAAACUUCCUCGGGGACCCACCUGCAAGUCGGAGGUCUCUAACACACCUGGAGCAGCCUUCCGAGGGCGGCGUUCGCAGAACAAUCACGGGGAAGGGGCUUCCUAGAGCCCACCCGGCUGCUCCUCUUUUCCCCGACCGAGACUCGAUUCCUGUGGCGCUUGAAGGGGCAAUCGCGUGACGCAGUUGUCACACCGGGAAAGAGACAAGAGGACUGGAAU